AUGUUCAACCCCAACAUGUACCCUCACAACACAUCACCUCCGCACGACGCCAUGUUCCAUCCCAACAUGAUUCCUCCAUCGUCCGGCUAUCCUCCCGAAAUGCCGAUACAGAUGCCUGUUCAACAGCACAUGAUGGCUCCCAAUUUUCCAAACCCAGACAUGUCCACGCAUCCGGCUGACAUGUCGGCAGACACCACGAAUCAGGAGGAUGACGCCGAGGGUGCUGGCAAGAGGAGAAGGGUACAACGGGCUUGCGAUACGUGUCGAAAGAAGAAAGUUCGAUGCGACGGCCUCCAGCCAGACAAGGGGGCUUGUACCAAUUGCGCCAAUUACGGCUAUGAAUGUACGUUCGUCGAUGCCGCGCGCAAACGUGCACCGCCACGCAGCUAUGUCGAGGCCAUCGAGGCCCGUAUCGUCAAGAUGGAACAGCUCAUCGCCUCUCUGGCGCCGGGCGUCGACUUUACCGACCGCAUCGGCAAGCCAAUCAGGAGACCAGACGACAAGGGUGACGACAACUCAAACGACGCAAGAUCUUCGCAGGAACAGUCGCCAACGAAACCCAAUGCUCCAGUUGCACCCAUCUCGCUCGACCGCGCCAACAGCUUGUGCGGGCAAGGCGCCUCUUUCAGCCAGAUGCUCUCGCCUUCGCAUCUCAAGUCGCGCGACAACUCCGAGUCUGAUGUGACUCAAACGAGCGAUGACGAUUCGGAAGACGACAUUGCCUUCAUCGAGAGCAGGCUCAGCGACUUCAACUUGAAACAGCGGCCUGUCGUCGCCGCCGCCGACUCCGCCACCUUUGACAGCAGCUCGUCCGAGCGCAUCAUCCUUGGUGAUCAGGGUAGGGUCGAGUCCGCCUCGAACACGCCGCCCACGCACAAAUUCAUCGGAAAAGCGAGCGCCAUGCAUUCGCUGCCACUGCUCGAAAAGAUAAGCAGCAAAACAUUGAGCAAUCUUGGCGUCCAUCCAAAAGGGGCUCGUCCCGAGUACUGGUCAGUCCCUACCGGCUUCAUCGAUCCGCCUACCGAUUCCAAUUUGACCACAUCUGCCUGGCCUGAGCCCGAUUUGGCCGAGAAGCUCGUCGAUGCCUACUUCGGCCGUAUGAAUCGCGAGUACCCCGUUCUCAACGAAUCCCAGUUCCGCCACGAGCUGGCGAAUCGACCCGAGCUCCGUGGCGACGCUGAAUGGCUCGCGCUGGCAUUUUGUGUCUUCAUGAUGGGCAGCCAAUACGUAGACGACGACAGGGUCAAGAGCUUCCCUGAUGACAAACACUCGCGUGGCAUGCAUUGGUGGCAAGCGGCCAGAAGUCUCAUGUAUCGCAAUGUCAGGAUCGACAAGCCGCUUCUGCGCGUCCAGUGCUUCUUACUCUCGACGCUCUUCCAAUUCGGCAUCCCCAUUUCCGCUUCCGGCUCCUGGCUUCUACUUGGUGCUGCCAUCCGAGGUCUACUCGACGUCGGAGCGCAUCGAAAGCAUACGGCCAGGAAGCUGAAUCUGUCAAGAUUGGAGGAAGAGACGUACAAGCGCGUUUUUUGGGUAGCCUACAGCCUUGAUCGCGAAUGCGCCGCCUCGCUCGGAAGACCCAUCAUGCUUCAAGAUGAAGACAUUGACGUAGAGAUACCGAUAGAGAUCGAUGACGAGUACCUCUUUCGAACGCCAGAUGCAGAGCCUCUUCCAAAACAACCUGUCGACAAGCCUGCACUCAUCAGCGGUUUUCUCUGCUCGCUGCGACUAGACGAGAUCGUCGGACGCACGCUCAAGACAGUGUAUGCGCUGCACAAGACCAAGAUUCGAUUCGGUAUCAACUCGAAGGAGUGGGAUGAAAGGUUGGUCUCCGAGAUCGAUUCAGCUCUCAACAAUUGGCUUGACACGGUACCGCAGCAUUUGCGCUUCGAUCCGCACGAGCGCAAUGACGAGUGGCUCAUGCAGUCUUCACUCCUGUACUCCAAGUACUACAACUGUCAGCUCCUGGUGCACCGACCUUUCAUUCCAGCCAAGAAGGGAGCGGGAGACAGCUCGAUCCUUAACUUCCCCUCGCUCGCCAUCUGCACCAACGCGGCGCGAAGCAUUAGCCACCUGUUCUCCAAUUUGCGCGAUCGCGAUCUCCACAACCUUAUUGGCAUUCCCGUUGCAUUCCGGUCGGUCUCUGCCAGCACCAUCCUUCUGAUGGUCAUCUGGGGUGCCAAGCGCAAUGGCGGUCGGGUGUCGAGCUCUGCUUCGUCGGAUCUGCGUCGAUCGAUCGACGUUCUGCGCGCGAUGGAAGAGCGUUGGCAGUUCUGCGGGAAGGCUGUCGAUGUUCUUGAGUCGAUCAUGACUUCGACUCACGUCGUCGUGCCUCGUGUAGGUGGAGCGUCUGAGCAGGGUAUCAAAAGAUCGCGUGACGGCGCCGAGGUGGAGGAUGUUAAGGUGGAAGACGAGUCGCCCUCAUUCUCCUCGGCGCAAGGCGGAGCAGAGACUGAGCCAGCCGACGGAAACAACGGCAAGGCCGCGCAUCAGUCACGCAACACAGGCCAAGCUGCUUAUGCGGACAGUGAGGGCGAUGGUCAACCGCCAGAAACCGAGGCCAGGCGGCUGCCGCUGUCGACCUUCCAGCUGGCUUCCAUGACACCGCAGUCGAGCUCAGAACAGUCGCCUGUCUCGGUCAACCCUGACGCAUCUCACACACAGUCCACAACCAACGUGAGCGCGAACAACCAAUCGUUCUUCAGUGCCGAUCCAUUCGGACCCAGGACACCGCAGCCGGCACAGCGCGCACGCAUGCCUUCUCUCAGCGGUGCUUCGGGCAUCCCUGCGUCCCUGUCGUUUGGUCUAUUGACUCCUUCGACCGCUUCUCAGUGGGGCAUCGGUGGCGGUGAGGACUACCUACACGGUGCUCACUCCCAAGCAUCGGCGUAUCAGCCAUUACCGGCGGUCACACCGUCGAUCUUUGACAACCUCGGUCUGACCAGCAGCUCGGACGAUAUGCUGCCGACGAGUAUGGGUGACAUGUCGCAGUUCGGCUACGCCAACGAUUCGACGGGUGGCAACAUGAUGAACGGUGACGACAUGUUCGGUGGGUCGCUGGACAGGUAUUAUACGGGAGGCCCUAAUGGUAGCAAAGGUGAUGGUGGGGAUACGCCGCAGUCGGACGGCAGCGGCGGAUUGGCGAGUUACGCAUUUGAGCUGUUGCAAAAACAGAGCGUGUGGAACUUGGACGACGACUCACUCACUCUGCUGCAGCAGCGAGCUCAACGACAGUGA